AUGUCAUUCGCGGGCGUAUCCUUGAUCCGCGACGGGAAACUAUGGCCAUCCGCACCGGCCAUCAGCGACGCCGGCUCCGCCAGUGGGUACCACCUGCUCGUGGUCGAAGGCUACUCGCACACCAAAGCCGACGUCCCCAACGGCGGUUGCAUCACGUCUCACCGUUUCAGAGUCGGAGGGUAUCUUUGGUAUCUCACGUACUACCCCAACGGCAUCUUGGGCAUCGCAAAUCUAAUCCACGGUGGUCUCGCUCUUGAUCAGCAUGUUGCAGAGCCUGUGAAGGCGCAAUUCAGGUUUAGCUUCAUUAACCAGGCCGAUGAGCAGGAGCCAUCACGCAUUCGUGCAGGCCAUGUAUAUGAAUUCCCUUCCAACGACUGGCAACUCAGCAAUCUCCUGAGGAUGAAGAAUUCGCAACACCUCAAGGAUGGCAGCUUCACCAUCCGGUGCGACGUCGUCGUCGUUGGGGACGCCGACGCCAAGGCCGCCAGCGGCUAUGCCAGCGUCGGUGUCAGCGUCGCUUCACCGUUCGUCACGGUGCCUCCGCCCGACAUGCAGCGUCACUUCACCGAUUUCUUCAUGGCCAAGGAAGGCACCGACGUGACAUUCAAGGUCAGCGGCGAGACGUUCGCCGCGCACCGGUGCAUCCUCGCGGCCCGGUCUAAGGUCUUCAAGGCCGAGCUUCUCGGUCCGAUGAAGGAGGGGACGGCCACUAACGGCACCAUACUCGUAGAGGACAUGGAGGCUCAAGUUUUCAGCGCGAUGCUUGCGUUCAUUUACAGUGACUCGGAGCCAGAAGACGAUGGAGCUGUGAUUUGGCAGCACCUGCUCGUGGCGGCGGAUAGGUAUGAUCUCCAGCGGCUGAAACUCAUGUGUGAAGAUAAGCUGUGUGGGUUCAUCGACGUGAACACCGCGGCGGCCAUCCUCGCUCUAGCGGAGCGCCACCUUUCUGACGGGUUGAAGAAAGCGUGCUACGAUUUUAUGGGCGCUCCGGGCAUGCUGAAGGCUGUCGCGGCCACUGAUGGCUUCGAUCAUCUGGUCGGGAGCUGCCCCUCUGUUAUCAAGGAGUUGAUCGCCAUGGUUGCACCAUACAUCAGGAAAACAGGCCGUUUGGUCCAUAGACUUCUCUACCUCGUCGCCUCGACCCGGUCCAGCGCCGCCCAUCUCACCCGGUCCAGCGCCGCCUCCCUUCCAUUCCCCGUCCAGCGCCGCCGCCCGCCCGUCUCAGCCCCGUCAAUCGCCGCCGACCGUCUCAUCCCCGUCCAGCGUCGCCUCCCUUACACUCCCUGUCGAGUGCCGCCCGUCUCACCCCGUCAAGUGCCGCCUCCCUUCCCUUCCCCGUUCAGCGCCGCCUCCAUCCAAGUCCAGCGCCAUCUCCGACCCCCGUCCAUUGCCGCCUCCGUCCCAGCCCAGCGCCGCUCAGGCUACAUUCCCCGUCCAAGUGUACUCUCAUUUCUCACCUGCUCGUUUGAUCAUCUCGCCAUGUCAUUCGCAGGCGUGUCCCUGAUCCAAGACGGCAAGCUAUGGCCUUCCACGUCGGCCAUCAGCGACGCCGGCUCUGCCAGUGGGUACCACCUUCUUGUGGUCGAAGGCUACUCGCGCACCAACUCCACCAAGGCCGACUUUCUCAACGGCUAUGACAUCGAAUCUCGCUCCUUCAGAGUUGGAGACUAUCUCUGGCUUCUCCGGUACUACCCGAAUGGCUCGUCGGGCAACGCCGGCUUCAUCUCCGUGUCUUUAAUCCUUGCUCAGCAUGUUACAAUGCCCGUAAAGGUGAAGUACGAGUUCAGUUUCAUCGACCAGGCCGAGAAACAGGGGCCAUCACACAUUCGCAAGCGCGGAGCAUAUGACUUCCGUGUCAAAGAUGGUGGUUUGUGCUCAUCCGAAUUUAUAAAGAGGGAAACCCUGGAGAACUCAGAACAUCUCAAGAAUGAUAGUUUCACCAUCAGGUGCGAUGUCCUCGUCAUCGAGGGUGGUGACGCCAAGGGCACCACUUCACCGUUCAUCACGGUGCCACCACCGGACAUGCAGCGUCACUUCACCGAUCUCCUGAUGGCCAAGGAAGGCACGGACGUCACAUUCAAGGUCGGUACCGAGGCGUUCGCCGCGCACCGGUGCAUCCUCGCGGCCCGGUCUAGAGUCUUCAAGGCUGAGCUUUUUGGCCCGAUGAAAGAGGGCAGUACGGCGACUGCCGGCGCCAUAACUGUAGAGGACAUGGAUGCUCGAGUUUUCAGGGCAGUGCUUGCGUUCAUUUACAGUGACUUGGAGCCAGAGCUGGGGAAGGAAGAUGAUGAAGAUGUGAUGUGGCAGCACCUGCUCGGUGCGGCAGAUAGGUAUGGUCUCCAACGGCUGAAGCUCAUAUGUGAAGAUAAGCUGUGCAGGUUCAUCGAUGUGAGCACCACGACGUCCAUCCUGGCUCUAGCUGAGCGCCACAGUUGUGACGGGCUGAAGAAGGCAUGCUACGAUUUUCUGGGCGCUCCGGGAAAGCUGAAGGCUGUCGCAACCACUGAUGGAUUCGAUCACCUGAUCACGAGCUGCCCCUCUGUUAUGAAGGAGUUGAUUGCCAUGCUUGCGCCUUAG